AUGAAGUUUUUCCAAGCUGUCGGUACCUGCGUCCUCGCACUUUCUUCUCUCGUUAGCGCAGCUACCUUCACGAACCCGCUCAGGGCAAAGGAUGGCGCUGACCCGCACAUCUCCUACAGCGGAGGCUACUACUACCUGAUGACCACGACAUGGUCUGACUUGAGGAUUACGAGGGCGAAAACGCUAGGAGGAUUGAAGACGGGUGAGACGAAGACGGUUUGGAAGGAUACAACCGCCAGCAGGUGCUGCAAUGUGUGGGCUCCCGAGUUGCAUUUUCUUGACGGCGCCUGGUACAUUUACUACUCCGCUGGCCAAAGUGCGAACUUGGACCUUCAGCGUCCACAUGUACUGAAGGGUGGCGCCAACCCCUUCGACGCAUACACGUACCACGCUCAACUGACCAACACGUGGGGCAUCGACGGCAGCAUCGUCCGCUUCAGCAAAUGGGGCAACCACUUCGUCUGGUCCUGCAUCACCAACAAUGUUCAGGCACUCUGUAUCGCGCCUCUCACUGCACCCGGCAAGAUUGGCGCCACGAAAAUCCUCUCUCAGCCGACCCAGUCAUGGGAGAAGAACGAGAAACCUGUCAUGGAGGGCCCGGCAGCCAUGUACCAUGGUGGCAAGACGUAUCUUGCCUACUCGGCUAGCUACUGCUGGACACCCAACUACAGCCUGGGUCUGUUGACGUGGGAUAACAACGGUGACCCAGCGUUAGCGAAGAGUUGGUCCAAGUCCGGGCCGCUCUUGACAAGUGGAAAUGGAAACUACGGUCCCGGUCACAACGGAUUCUUCACGAGCCCGGAUGGUAAAGAGAUCUGGAAUGUGUUCCAUGCUACCGCCAUUCAAAAGGGAGCUUGCGACGGCAACCGAUACACGAUGGCGCAGAAGGUCAACUGGAACGCCAACGGUACACCGAACUUUGGCUCGCCACUGAAGUUGGGGACUUCAUUGGCCGGGCCGUCUGGGGAGUAAGGUGGUUCUUUGCAACUGUGUUGUGGAAGAGGCA